AUGGAAGAUAUCAAUAAUAUAAAUACUGAAGAUUUUAUUUCGGAAAUUGAAUUACGUCCAGCUAUUUGGGAAUUAUCCAGUGAUGAUUAUACAAAUAAAAUUACCAAGAAGAAUGCUUGGGAAGAAGUUAUUAGGAAAUUUUGCCCAGAAUUUGAAAGAAAGUCUAAUGCAGAGAAAAAUAAUAUUGCCUUACGUUUUCAAAGAAAAUGGAAGAGUUUGCGAGACUGUUAUUCUAGAGAAUUAUUAAAAAUAAAAAAGGAAAAGUCAGGUUCGGGGACCCCUGCUAAUCGAAAGCAGUAUAUGUAUUAUAACAAAUUGAGUUUUUUACAAACUGUUGUAAAACCGAUGUCAGGAGUAAUAGAAAACGUAGAAAAUAUGACGAUGUUGGUGAAGAAAGAACCAGAAAGACAAGGAGAAGUGGAAGCUAGUCUAAAAUCACGUUCUCGAAAUAAGAGAAAUAUAUCUGAUAUGAAACAGUUGGAGGAAGAUAAACUUUUUGUAAGUGUAGCUGAAAAAUUAAUGAGAGGAAAGAGUCAAGAAACUAUGGAAAAGGACGAAGACACGUUAUUUGUGUUGUCGUUAGUACCUGAAUUAAAAAAGAUUCCAGAUGAUAUCAAGCUCGAUGUUAAAUGUGAACUAUUAAAUGUCUUUAAGAAAGCUAGAUUAAGUCAAAGCUUUCCCUCUUCUGCGUCAUCACCCUCAACGUGUUCGAUCCCUUCUUUAAAUUUUCCAUUUACUAAUCAAUGCCAAUUUACUCAAAGCUUUAAACAAAAUAAUCAAUCCAAUGUAAAUAGAUCAACUACUCAUACGCAAACAGCAACAUAUUCGUAUCCACAAACGCAAAGUCCACUUUCAUCUUCGGUACACACAACGCCUUCUCCAACAUCAUCACAACUUUCACAUUCUUCACAAAAUUCAUAUAUUGACUUUACUGACAACAUGUAGUUCAAUAUAAAUAUUCAAGAUUUAUGUAUAAUUAUAUUUUAUAUCUUACAAUUGGAAGGAGUAAUUUGGAAUUUUAAGAGAAAUAAAAUCUUCUAAACUCUAAAGCUAGUUUUAACUCCAGAAAAUCUAUUAGAUAUAUCUGUAUUUUUUUAAUAUAAUAAUUUGUCAGAUUUUUUGAAUAUUUUGAAAAUAAAAAGAAAAGAAUUAUCAUUA